AUGAACACAAAGCCCACGAAUGGCCAGUCGGUGUCGUCGAAGUCGGGAAUCAACAUAAAUAUGCCGUCCUUUGCGCCGACCUCUCAAUGGCAGGGAACCAGUGUGUCGUAUAUGCCAUUGAUAGGGAAUCAGUUGAUGCAAAUGCCGCCCCCGGGCAUCAACCGGCAGCCCCUGUGGGGACCCCCGCAGCCCUACCCCUACUACAGCGGCCCUCAGAUGUCGGGCCCGUACGGCCCGAUGGCGGGCCCACCGCCGCCACACCACUGCUGUAUGAAUGCCUAUAAUAAUUGCCGUCCAGUGGCCGACCAUAACUGCAACAACUGGGGCGCCGGUAGUGCCGCACAUAAUGGCGGCAACUGUUGGGCGCACCGGGAGGACACUCCCACUCCCGCCACAAACGGCGCCUCAAUUAUUGAGUCGAUAACUGAGAUCCGAAACGACGACUCCGACAACGAGUCCACCAAAUCGGCCAAAAAAGGGUCGGAUUUGCAAAAACAAGUAAAACAAAUGAAAGCCAUAAAUAAGGGCCUGAAGAACAGUCUGGAAGAGACCACCACUCAGUUGAACGAAACCCAAGAAUCUCUGCUAAAGAUUAACGAGAAGUUAGCCAUAGAUUACAUCGAGAAAUACCAGAAGAAUCUGAAGAAAUACGGCGGAUAUAUACGCGGAGAAUGCAAUCGAUUCGUACAGAACCCAACCAUCGCUGAGAAGUUGAUCAGAUUAACGAGAAAAUGCAAUCGAUUCGUACAGAACCCAACCAUCGCUGAGAAGUUGAAGCCGAUUGUGGAGCAGAUGAAGAGCGCCUCCAAGAAAGCCAUCGACGAGAAGGAGCGGCUGAAGAAGUUGUUCGCAGACAAGAGGGAAAGCAUUAAAGACGAAGUGAACGCCGACUUCGAUGACGUGGACUUUGAUCCCAACUCAUUGCCAGAGUUUCCCGAUUUGUUGGAGUUCUACAAAUGCAUUUUGGAUGAAAUACCGAUCAUAUUCUUCAACGAUUUGUCUCAAAUCAAACGUUUCGCCACUAAUUGUGUUCAACCGACAGAUAAUAAAGUGUCCGAUAAUAGCAAACCCAUAAAAACCAGUCGUUUUUCGCCGCCAUUGCCCUCUCUGUCCAUAAAAGACACUCCUUUGCCCUCCCUUUCCAUUAAAGACACUCCUUUCCCAUCCCUUUCCACAAAAGACAAUCUGAUGCCCUCUGUAUCUAAGCCCCUGUUCUCGAUAGCGCCCACUAUUAAGGAGUUACCAAAACCGGACUUUCCGAUGUUCGACAGCUCAAUGAACACAUUACCGUUAAAACCGGCCGAACCUGUGGUCUCAUCGGCCCUGGAGCUGACAUUCCCGCGCAGUCACUCACCCGUCCCAGCGAUGAGUCUACUGUCCAACACGUCCACCGACGCAUUGCUCAAGUCAUCGGUUCCGCUCGCGAAUGGCAUUCAGUCGACGAUCGGAAGCGAAUUGUCGGCGAUCGGCGAACCAGUGCUCAAAAAACACGUGUCCAGUGUUAAGGCUGUAGAGCCAGAGGGGGAUUUCCGUCUCCCCAGACAUCCGCCCAUUUUUGGCACCAAAGCCAUGCCGUCCAAUACCAACACUACCGCAGCUGUCGACAUGUUGUCCCCUCCCAAGUCCAGUACACCGCCGAUCACUGCGUCGACUGCACCGAAAGCACCGCUAAAUCAGGCGCAGAGCAAACUGUUGGCCAAACUUAAGGAAAAAUACGGACAGUUAUCAGAUGAAAUAUUGGUGGACAGUAUGGCGCAGACAAAGGCGGCGCUCAUCAAUAGCGGCAGUCAUCCAAAAGGUUUUACCGGAAUGAAGAUCUCAGAGAUUGUCAGCAGAAUAAGUGAUUAUAUCGAUAGAAAUGUGUCGAAAACGCGAAUUCAUGGACCGAUUCCUACGCUGAAGUUAAUGACAGACAACUUGACGGACGCCCUGAACAGUAGUCAAAAGGGAUGGACUAAAGUGUCUCACAAAAAGGGUACAAACGAUGAUCUAAUCUGUUCGAUAUGUAUGGAAGCCAUGUUCAUCACCGAUCGAUAUGAGACGGAAUGCCAUCAUUACUUUCACAAAGAGUGUAUAUCGAGUUGGACUCGCACUGACGGCUCGUGUCCCAUAUGCCGAAGCCAUGUGUUGCCGCCCGGAGAAUAUCCCGUACUUUAAGCGAUAAAAAAAGUGCACUUUUUGAUUCAAUUCAAUGACAUAUCUAUGAAUACAUAAAAAUAUUAAUUGAAACACAUGUUUGAUUUGUGUGCAUAAUUUUUUCCGAAACAUUUUGUUACUUAAGCACCU